AUGGCGAACGAAAGGCAAGGAACUGAACCGGAGGCCGACCCCCAAGAGGCGGGGGACCGUGGCACUGGUGUGACCAACAGUCCCUCAGCAAGCCAGGAUGCGGCAGCGCAACCGCUACCCGAUACCGACGUUACUGUGGAUCGGCAGCCCAGCCCUUCUGAUGCUGACGACGCGAAAAUGGUGGGCUGCCCUGGAACGCUGCUCCCGCUCACCACCACCAUGGAGACCAACAAUGUGGACUGCGACAGCUACUACCUGUCGAAGUCGAACUCAUCGGAGCUGACCAGCGAGAUGGAGGGGGACAACGAGCGCGACCUGGAUAACAUGAUGGAAUUCCACUCUGCCUUCAUUCCCUCGUCGUCGGAGCCGGACACACCCGUUGGUAACGCCCGAGACGGAGUGUACGAAUGGUACGACGUGUUCGCGCGCACGAAGCGGCAUUUCCUGAGCAACUUCGGGUACGACGAGAAGCCGCAGGUGCGGGUCGAUAACAGCGCAGGAAGCGGACCGCGUCAUGCGGCCGACAGCGGCCUCGCCAAACUCGUUGCCGACCGCACAGCGCCUCGCAACGCGCUGUGGAAAUGGGCGAUACCGAAGCUCGAGCGGUUCCUGGACGCGCACGACGUGCUAAUGCUGCGGCAGACGUGCGUCGACCUCUACAGGCAUAAAUACACCCUCCGCCCUCAUAACGAGCUGUGCUUCCGCGGGUUCGUCGGCUACGACAUGGACGUCGUCAUCGGCUUCGUGAUACCGCUGCUGGCCAAGGUAUACGGCCUGACCGACGGCGACAAGCUUGGGCUGGACUUCAGCCAGUGCUACAACCUGAAGGACAUCUCUAUCGUCCGCAUGCUGUCCUCACAGGCCGUGCUGAACAGCAGCUUCGACACGCAGAUGAUCUGCAGGAACAUGAGGAUGCUGACGCUGGACUACUGCCACCAGAUCACCGACAAGGGGCUGGAGGUGAUGCUCGCGACCAAGCUGCCGAACCUGGAGAAGCUCAGCAUGGUCUGCUGCCGCAACGAAAACAUCACGGGGGCGCCGUUCACCACGAUGCUCUCCGAGGACAGGUGGCCGCGGCUAGCGCGGUUCAACUGCAGCUUCAGCAACGUCACCCUGGAACCCAUAGAGGCCGUCGCCAACUUCAUCCAUCGCACAACGACGGCUGCACGGGCCCAGGAGGUGUCCGACGAGCUGCACAAGCGGCUGCACGCCGAUUGCACGGGGUACGCGUGCAACUCCAGGCGGUGGAAUGACAUAGGACGGAUGAUAACACGUGAUGGUGAGGCGCCCGCCAGCGACGGCACCGCACAGCCGUCCCCCAGCCACACCGCCCACCCGCGGUGGCAACUGGAGAUCACCGGCUGCUGGGGCAGCAGGAUGUUCCUGGAUAAGCACGGAUUCGGCGCCGAGCUGCACGCAUUCGCGUCGGCGGUGAAGAUGAAGUCCAUCAAGAUAUGCUCCAAGCUCACCAAGCGCGUGCAACGCGGGCUGCAGGAGAUGGCCGAGCGGUCUCCGGACGAUGUGGCGCUGCAGCUGGUGAUGAACCGGGGGAGCGAACUGCUGGUGAACUGCCCCAUAGUGGAGCACGACAGGCACAACACCAUGGACAUGUGGACGCUGCCGAUAUCCAUAACAAUCCAGAACGACGACAUGGAGCUGUGCAACCUCCUGAUUCGCAGGGGCGCGCGCGUCAACGUGUGGGACUACUGCGGGAAAAGCCCGCUGUACAAGGCGUGCGAAAUGGGCAGGACCGCGUUCGUCAAGCUGUUCCUGAAGCUGGGCCAGGCGCCGAUGGCACUCGACGACAACGGGUUCUCUCCCAUUGCGAUAUGCGUGAAAAGCGGCAAUUCCGCGUACGUCAAGCUUCUGCUCAAAGCUGGGGUGCAGCUGAACCUCAAAUGCCCGCACAUCCGGGAUUUCAAGUCGCCGCUGUACAUCGCCUGCGAGGCCAUGGCCGACGACUGCAUCCGCCUGCUGCUGGAGGGCGGCGCUGACCCGAACUGGCUCUACCACGGGAGGCUGAGCGUAACCCUGCUCGCCUACCAGCACGACAAGAGCUGGCUGCCGGUGUUCCUCAAGUACGGCGCCGGCAAGCCGCUGAACAAGAGGUGGAUCCUGACCGACGUGCUGAGCUGCGCCAUCAAGAACGGAAACCGGGAGUCGGCGGCGAUUCUGGUGAGCCAGUACCCGGAUUUGCUGGAGCGCAAGCACAACGUGUGGUCGACGCCGCUCGUCCAGGCCGCGCGGCUGGGUGAGGCCGCGAUACUCCAGACCCUGCUGGACGCAGGAACCGACCUGAAGAAUUCGGAUAUGUACGAAACCACGCCGAUGCACGCCGCGGCCGAGGAAGGGCGCCUGGAGUGCCUGCGCCUACUCGUCAGCAACGGCGCCGAUAUCAACGCGCGAGAUAUUGCGGGGAGGACGCCGCUCUACCUCGCGGUGCUGGAAAACCAGGCGCGCGCCGUGGAGUUGCUGCUCUCGCUCGGCUGCGACGCCAACGCCGCGGAGUUCUCAAACGACGAGACGCCCCUCAUGGCCGCGCUGGGCACCCGCAACGAGGACAUCGCGCUGCUCAUCAUCAGCAAGGCCAAGGACCUGCGGCUCGACGCAGUGGACAAGUUGGGCAGGAGCGCGAGCCUGUACGCGCUCUACUUCGAGCAGAUCGCCGUUGGUGAGGCCAUUCUCCACCAAUGCGCGCAGCUGGGCAUCUGCAACUCGGCCGUGGAGAUCCGGCUGUUCAACGCAGUCAUCUGCGACCGGAUCAAAGCGCGCUCCGCGAACUACAAACACCUCACGCGGUACGCCAAGCACUACCGCGACGUCAACGCGCACGUCAUCAGGGAUAACCGCAUCGAUUUCCUGUUCGCGCAGAGGUGGCCCCUGGUGAAGAGCCUAAUCGGCCGGAUCAGGGGGCUGGCCGCCAACCCCUGA